AUGACGAAACCUGUCGCUGCAAGCGCCGUUUACCGCCUUGCUGGCCUGGGGGGGAUACUGGCUGGGCAGACCAUAACCCCAAAGCCGGAAGGCAGUGCUCGCGAUAAGCCCCAGCCUCACGCAUGGACUGUACGGUCUGGGGUGUAUACCCCACGCCAAGUGGUUGAAGGUUUGGGUCCCCUUCUGGACACAGUCGUCUACCGUCUGAGCGAGGAUGCCCCAGAUACGAGACCCGCCAGGGCAUUGCUCCUCGACAAUAUUGCCUGCAACUUGGCCACCCACACUCGCAAGUCCACCCUGCCCUUCCAGAAAGAUGUGCGCGAUCUCUCACGCAGGGAAAUGAAGGAGCAGGCCGAUCGAAUCGGAAAGACUCUGGUCAAAUGGGCACGGGAGGCCUCCAACGGCCCCUUCGAACCCGAACUCAACAUCCGCAGCCCAUGCGAGAAUCAUCUGCUUACACCGAUAAAUGUCGAGCUCAUGUUCGGGCGUCGCAGUCAGCCGCACCUAAUGCAACUGCUCAAUGAAUAUAUGCACCAGAUGGUGCUGCUUCGCGACGCUCUCCUUCCGUUCCGAAACUUCGAAGAGGUCCUAAUUCCCAUCGAUGGUAAGGCUACCCGGGGCAUCCGUCAUGUGGAGCCCAGUCGCACGCAAUUUAUGACGCUCCUCGUCACCAAGGGCGUGACUCAGGUGUUGGUGCUAGCUUACCACCUGACUUACGCUAAAGCGCUUCUGGCGCCAGAUCUACCCCGGACCGACACAGGUGGUUAUGGCUUCCAGUACGAGCAUGGCUCCAUCCUGCCGGCCGUCCUGAGCGGCGGAGAGACCCAUUUCCACUUGGUGGAGUAUGUCCCAGCCAAGCUCGAUCCAUCCCAGAAGAACAUUCUAUUCGACUACGAAUUCUCAGAUUAUUAUACUGCCCCGCGUCGUGAGAUUCCAGCUGGCUCCCAGGUGCAGGCCGAAGAGCUGCUGAAGUUUCCCUCCGCGUCUGCAUCUCCCGUCAUCCAAAUUGCCAGUCUGGGCCUGGUGCCCUCGACCGACUCCACUCCCGUCCGUCAACUGGAGCUCUGCCUAGAGUUAAAAAACGGCAAGUGCGUCGGCGUCGAUAUCGGUCAGAUUUCCCGCGGCCAUCGCUACGCGUACCAGGCACUCUCGGGCAAGGAGCUGGACCUCCCGACUCGGGCUCCUAUCGUCCACUCGGCCCUGGACGUUCUCUUGCACCCCGGCUGUGGUCUUAUCACUGCAAAGCAGGGCGGUACCCAUGUCAUCCCGACCGUGGAACCCAUUGUCGCUCUCGCAACUCUAGGCAAGCUGUAUCCGGAGAACGUUGUGCUCCUGCCGGAGAAUGGUGGCCUCAGCCAGACUGGGAAGGUUGGUAAGGGUUUCGAGCCUAAAUUCAUUAUCUGGGGUGGUGUGAAACAUGGUGGCUACAAGGGACGCUUCUGA